CUAGCAAGAAUCAGUGUCGUUCCCACAGGCACUGUUGCCUCACUUUACUGAGAAAGGUAAUGUCUGAAUGGUAAAAAGCAUUUUUUUCCUUUUUUUCCCCCUAGGAGCCAAGUAAACCAUUUCUAUUCCUGUCCUAGCCUGAGGUUCGAGUGGUACAUUGUGCAUUGGAAAUGCUAACCUGAAGCAUUCCUGCCUACUGUUACCCAACUUACAUACAACCAAAACUACAUAAGAUCCAACUGGCUUGCCUCAUGUGAAGCUCGAAAUGGAGGAAAAUAGGCCAGAAAGAAAUGAGGCUCACAACGUGGAGACAAGGAGAGGUGCUUGGGAAGGGACUGAGUACAGCGGCUGAUAAAGAUUCCUCUUUUUUGCCAUGUCAGCUGACAGCCACCAGCUCCACACUCAUUCCCACAAGGACACACUGAGUCCUACUUGUCAUGGUCUCUUGAAUGUCAACAGUCACCCCCUGUCAAAGAGCUCCUCGAGUCUGAUCUGUGCUGGGCAGUCAAGUUUAGAGGAAAGGCAAAGCAACAAACAGGAGCUUAGGAAAAGCCAUAGUAGCACUGUCUGCCAAACCCUGGGAAACGAGAGCGAUGCCAGGAGUGUGCCAAGUCCGAGACGGUCCUUUUCACAGUCUGGGUUGAUGGUACCAGAUGGAUCAGUAGUCCAAACCAUGAGCAAUCUGUCACCUGAUAACAAUUCACAGAGCAGAACUAAGACUGCAAACCAUUUUGUUAUCGUUGAACAGUCCCCAGCAUCUUGGGCAGUGGGUGACACUAAGAUGUGUGUGAAGAGCAGCACUGUUGGGAAUAUUUCUUCAGCCUGCAUUGUACACCAGCGUAGCACAUGCCAAAUGGAAGAACCAGGAGCUGCUCUUCAGAGAAGCCACUCAGACCUAACUUGCAGUUGCAAACAGCAGAAUUGCGUUGCUCACAUAGAAACCAGUGCUACUCGCUCCAGCCUGAGUUCUUCUAGCAGCAGGCAUGGUCCAUCGGUGGCGAGGAUGUCUUUCCAGUCAGAGAGAGAUGCGUCCGAAACAGAUGAAAAUACGUCUCCCUAUCAAAACCUUGGGACUCAUCUUCCAGCAAUACCUACAGACCAAAAAGUACCCACAAAUAGCUUUGACAGCGGUGGUAUUCCACGUAACACAACUGUUUACACAGAUCCUGGAACAUUUCACAGCGCUGUUCUUGGACUCCACAUGCCUGGCAAUGGUUUCUCAAACAGAACCAUGUUCGGUCAAGCCACUGGGAUUAUUCAUGGUGGUCUGACUUAUGGUAAUAUUCCAAACUCUUUAUACUCACCUAUGGUGAUGCCAGUUCAUAACAACUCUGCAGUGCCCUGUAAUAUAAGGCAGGAUUCCUGUCUGAAAGUAGAUGCUACCGUCCCUGCCUAUUGCCAUUCUUUGCCGAUACCAUCUAUACAACUUGUUCCGCGGUUGGUAUGCUCGGUUAGCGAGUCAGGAAAAGAGCAGGCAGCACCUGGCUAUUUUCAUUCCUUUUCUACUUCAGACAUUCUGACGUACCCUAAGCUUGUGUCUUCAGUAAGUGAAUCAGGCCUGGAUGCCAAGAGAGUCCUAAAGUGCUGUAGCAUUCCUGGAGAACAACUGCAGCAUGCUCAGCAGGAGAGAGCUCCUCCAGAAGCACAGGCUGCCUGUGUGGCCUUUAGCAACCAGCAAGGUACAGACAUGGUAAUGAAGACCAAGGAUAUGUGGACUAUGACCUCUGUAAAUGACUUAACCAAAGGACUGAAAGCAGCUCUUGAGCGUAGAGAUGCUGAGGUACAAACUCUUCCCACCAUGGAAUGCAAAUCUGUGGCAACAAGCCCAGCAGCUGCAGCAGAAGGCCACCCACACGUGUUCCCAGAAGUGAACCUGGAGCAGCAAGACUUGGAGGCCCCCAAAUCUCCAGUACGUGAAGUGAGAUGGGAUGAUGAAGGAAUGACGUGGGAAGUGUAUGGGGCAUCUGUGGAUCCAGAGGUCCUUGGUCUAGCUAUUCAAAAACAUCUUGAGAUUCAGAUAGAACAAUUCCAGACAGAGCCCCUUCAGCUGGCUGGGAAAAGAAAGGAGGAUUCUUUCAAUAAGGAGACAUCUUCUGAUAAAAUGGGGAAGAAAAGACCAUUCAGAACAAUGAUGCAUUCCCUGAGAUACCCAAGUUGUUGCACUCGUUCCAGUACUGCAGUGGAGUGAGCAUAGCUGUAGGACAGCCGUGCUUUUUUUUUUAAAAUUGUAAACAAUGCUGGCUCUUAAGUGUUAACACAAGUACAUGUGAACAAUCCACUUUGUAAGUGGGAAAAGUUCCGUGGCCGUCAGAUACACAGCAAAGCAGGGAAAAACUCACGGUUGGGCAAUACAACAGAGGAUGUACGGUUGUCUCCCCGUCAUGUCAUCUGACUGCUUUGACUGUAUUUAAUGUAGCCCUUAUUCUUCCAUGUUGGUUUUACGUAAUAUUGUAAGGAAUAAGACCUUUUCUAAAUGAUGCAUCUUUUUAAAAUGUUGAUUUUUUUUCUGUAUUUUAAUAAUUUAGGGCUAGGAAACAGUUAGAAAAUGAUGCUUUAAUCAAAAUUCUUAGCUUUCCAUCCUGCUCGUUAAGUUUUGGUAGCUACUCUGCUGUUAAUUUACGCUAAUGCUGACUAUAAACCCACUUGAGCUGUAGACAAAAUGAAGAAGUAGUGAAUGCUGUAUUAUAAGUAACUGUAACUUUUGCUACAUGGUUCUGUGAUGUGACUUUGUUAUUACUAGGCUGAACUCAUCCCUUUGCAAACUGAUGUGUAGCUGGAGGAUGCUCCUGCAACUUUCAAAAUAGGUUGUAGUUAUGAUGAAUUACACCCUCAAUACACAGAACUGAUGUUUACCAUCUGAUGCAAAUGUAAAGUAUUACCAAAGAUGACUCGCGUAAUGUGAAUUAUUUAUUGAAUGCUUAUCUCUUGAAGACAUGAAACAAAAGCUGUUCAUAAUAGUCUGUCACACUAUCAUACCCUACAACUCAAAAGCAGUUUUGUUUUUCUUAUAUUAAAAGUAAUUUCC